AUGGAAGAAGCUUUUAGGAGACUAAAGGGCGUCGUUAAUGUGACUGACCUUGACCCACGAGAUGCCACCACCUAUCGCAAGAAGUCCGCCGUCUCAACUACAACCUCCGCCACUUCCACAACCACAACCAGCACAACGCCAACAACGACAAACAAGAGGUCUCUAAAAGAAAAUGGUGGCACUGGUGGGACCAUGAGGUACCGUGGAGUUCGCCGCAGGCCUUGGGGCCGUUACGCUGCUGAGAUACGAGACCCACAGUCCAAAGAGAGGCGGUGGCUAGGCACUUUUGACACGGCCGAGGAGGCUGCUUGCGCUUAUGACUGUGCGGCUCGAGCUAUGCGCGGAAUCAAGGCUCGAACCAAUUUCGUUUACCCUGUGACUGAGCCUCACUCCGCUAGCGACCACCUUCUUCCUCAGUUCAGCUUCUCUAGGCAAUCACAGCUUAACAGGAAGCAUCAUCAUUUUGGGCACUCUUCUAAGUGGCCACCGUUUGCUAACUCCCAAGUGGGAGACUUCUCCUUAGGGUCUGGGGGGCAUCAAAGAAAUGCUUCUUUGAACAUGCUUUUACUACGUGACCUCUUAAAUUCGUCUUCAUAUUUAUCUUUCCAGGCGCCUCCUCCGUCUCUGGUUGACCAAUUUCAACUGAUCAAUGGAACAUCUUCUGCUGCUUCUUCAUUACCUUCUUCUUUCUCUAUUCCAACCAUUUUGCCUGGAGGUACUUCGUUGAAUUCCCCAACCAGCUGUUCUCUACGGGCAAGCGGUAACUUUGCAGAUUCUCUCAUUGACUCAACUAUGACUCUUCCUCGCAAGGAAAAGAAUUCGAGUCAUACAACAAGUGUGCCCGCCCUGUCAAAUAGUCAAGCUGAUGAUAUGGAGUUCUUCCGAUCGGAGCCUUCUGAUUCUGGCUUGUUGCAAGAGAUAAUUCAGGGAUUCUUACCGAAACCCAGCUCAAAGAAAUCAGAUACUGAUUGCAUUCAACAUUCCAUCGUUCCACUAGUGACUGAGAUGUCAUCCAGCCAGUCCCUGAGUGGGUUGAAGGAGAGCAAGAAGAGUGAGCAUUUAGGUGGUUAUAUAGAUUACUGUCAGGGGGUUCCUCAGCAGUUGAGUUUCAAUGGAAUCACAGGUUCUCAAGUGGUGCCAUACAGUAAUGAGAUUCCGGUGAACCAUCUACAGCUGGGUCAAGACUGCAUGGUGGAUGAUAUCUGUCAGUACCCAGAUUUCAUGAGAACCUUAGCGACUAGGGUUCAAAAUGGUUGA